GGUUGAUGCCACGAGCGGCUUGUAUUGGUGACAGGGGAGCAGGUGACUGCUGUAAACAUACACAAGCUAAGCUAACAAGAAGCUCGUUCGGGAGUCAAAAGUGCAUCUGGACCUAGGAUCGCCUCAAAGCCAACAGAUGGUUCGUUUCUGCCUAAGCAGGGUUGGGUCUCUGCGUUUGUAGAUUUAAAAAAAAAAUCCAUUAUCAGAUAGUUACAAACGAUAUAAAGUGGAUCAGUUAAGUUGCCACAGCCCUUCACCUUUUCCACAUUUUUUGUUGUGAAACAGCCUUUGUCCAAGAUAAAACUUAAACAAGAAAACAUUUCAAACGUCCACACUCAACACCCUCAAUUAAACGACAAGGUGAAAGAUGAGCUUCCGAAAUGUUGAAAAAGAAGGGGGAAAAAAACAACAACUAAAAAAGCAGUGGAUGGCGAUGGUACGAGGUAAAGCGUUGGACAAUUGCGUACUGGUUCUGCUGAGUCUGUGGCUGUGCAUCCACUCACUGCCCAUUGAUGUGAACAAGAGCAAAGAGAACACAACGCCCAAAGAGGAUGAACUGAAUGCCCCACAAAGUGUAGACACCGGGCUACACUAUGACCGCUACCUCAGGGAGGUCAUCGAAUACCUGGAGAAAGACCCUCACUUUCGGGAGAAGUUACAAAAUGCCAGCAUGGAGCCAGACAAACUUGCCAAAGAGUUGGACUUUGUCCACAACAAUCUGCGCACCAAGCUGGAUGAGCUGAAGAGGGAGGAAAUGAACAGGCUGCGGAUGCUCAUCAAGGCCAAACACGACAUGGAGCUGGGAGCUGGCUGGAAAGUGGACUACCAGGCCUUGCUGAAACAAUUUGAACACCUCAACCACGACAACGCGCACUCAUUUGAAGUUGAGGACCUGGACCGCCUCAUCAAAGCGGCUACGAAAGACCUUGUACAGUUUGACAAGCAGCAUCACGAAGAGUUCAAGCGCUACGAGAUGAUGAAGGAGCACAAGAGGCGGGAGAAGCUGAAGGCCAUGUCGGAGGAGGCGCGUAAGAAAGAGGAGCAACACCACGAGGAGAUGAAGAAGAAAUACGCCAACCACGCCAAAGUCAACCACCCGGGAAGCGAGGACCAGCUGAAGGAGGUGUGGGAGGAGUCCGACGGUCUCGAACCGGACAACUUUGAUCCGAAGACCUUCUUCAAACUGCAUGACAACAACGGCGAUGGCUUCUUUGACGAGAAUGAGCUUGAGGCCCUCUUCGUGAAAGAGCUUGAGAAGGUGUACAAGGUGUACAACAACGAAGAAGACGACAUGAUGGCGAUGGAAGAGGAGAGGCGGCGCAUGAGAGAGCACGUCAUGGCUGAGGUGGACACCAACAAAGACAGACUGGUGUCACUCGCCGAGUUCCUGGCGGCCACGAAGAACCCGCAGUUCCGCCAAAAUGACGAGUGGGAGACUUUGGAGCAGCAAAACUCCCCCUACACCGAGGAGGAGCUAGUGAUGUUCGAACAGCAGCUGGCCAAGGACAGCAAAAUGAUCGUGGAACAAGUGGCAGAGCUGCAGAAGCAGCGCGAGAAUCUUCAAAAUAAGCAAGACUUACUCGAUAUUCAGAAGCGCAGCAUUCAGCAGGCCACGAGUGAACUGGAGAAGAGAAAAGUCCAAUCCAAGUCAGACGUCAAAUAGUCCGGAGCCGCGGGAGCUGGAGGAAAACGGGCGUUAACCAGACACCUGUUGCAAAUGACACUCUUGACGGGUCCUAUCAGGGAGCGCGCCUUUUUUUGCAUUUCAACCUUCUGUCUUGUCUACUUUUGUUUGUUUGCAAUACCACUGGAUAAAAGUUGGGCUGCAAAGCUUUGGAAAGUUCCUCGUGCAUUUCCAUGGGUAUUUAAGGUGGGGAAACUGAACUUUUAUCGUAUUUAAAUAUAUCCAAUUUCAAUAUUAGGAGUCAACCUUUAAUUAAAUUCUUGGUUUAUUCCCUGAAGUUGGAAGUUUCCAACUUUGAGAAUUCCUGAAGUUUUGCAACUCGAGAUGAAAGCGUUUCUUGACCGUGCAAAUUGUUGCCCUUGAAACUUAAGGAAAAAUGAUUCAUAGUAUUUAUAAAUUAAUUUAUUUUUAUCUACAACUACUUUUGUCACGAGAACCACAUUCUUGAAGAUGUUUAAUUUUUUAUGUCAUUUUAUUUAUUGAAUUUGCUAAUUGGAUUUUUUGAAUGAUUCCUUCUCCAUUUUGUCAUGCACGUAUGCGUCUGUACUUCCUGAGUCCCAACAUCAUACAUUUCGUUACGAGUGGCAAUACAGCAAAUCAGGUGGCAAAUUUA